AUGCUCCUCCAAUUCAUCCUCCUCUCUGCCGCUACAGGCAUCCAACAUGUACUAUCAACUCCCCUCUCCACGUCUCCGUUUAUCGGACGCAGACAGCAGGCGACAAUGCCGUUGGCGCCGUUUGUGACGCCGUCGACGCCUCAUCUCAUCAACAACUCGUACAUUGUCAUGUUCAAAUCAGACAUUGACCCCGCUGCAAUGCUUAUGCAUCUCAACUUCCUCGAGUCUACCCACGCAGAGGAUCCCCUGAGCACAGACGCCGGUCUCAAGCACGUCUACGACGGCCCAAAGACAAAGGGUUAUGCAGGCUCCUUUAGCGACAAGACCGUGGAGCGCAUCCGUGCACAACCAGAGGUUGAGUACGUCGAGCAGGACCAGCUCGUCUGGGCAUCCGAGAUGACUAUUCAGAGAAACGCUCCUUGGGGUCUCGCCCGUGUUAGUCAUCGCGAGAAGCUCAAGUUCUCAACACUCGGCAAGUACGAAUACGAUGCCGACGGAGGAGAGGGCGUCGACGUCUAUGUCAUUGACACGGGUAUCAACAUCAAGCACGAAGAAUUUGAGGGCCGCGCACGCUGGGGAAAGACGAUGCCAGCAAACGACGUUGACGAGGAUGGCAAUGGUCAUGGUACUCACUGCGCCGGAACCAUCGGAUCUCGUCGUUACGGUGUUGCAAAGAAGGCAAACCUCAUCGCCGUCAAGGUCCUUGGCUCUAACGGCUCUGGAUCUAUGUCUGACGUCGUCGGUGGUGUCGUCUGGGCGGCCAGUGAGGCUGCAAAGGCGGCGGCCAAGGCGCGUGCGGAAUAUGCAGCCCGGGGCUUUACCGCUCACAAGGGCUCCGUCGCAAACAUGUCUCUCGGUGGUGGCAAGUCCAAGGCGCUCGAUGAUGCCGUCAACAAGGCUGUCGACAGUGGAAUGCACUUUGCCGUCGCGGCAGGCAACGACAACAGGGAUGCAUGCAACUAUUCGCCCGCUGGUGCUGAAAAGGCAGUGACCGUUGGUGCUUCGACGAUUGGAGACGACCGCGCCUACUUUAGCAACUGGGGUACCUGUGUCGACGUUUUCGCUCCUGGUUUGAGUAUCUUGUCGACUUGGAUUGGCUCAAAGACCGCCACCAACACCAUCUCUGGCACUUCGAUGGCUUCGCCCCACACCGCUGGCAUGCUCGCGUAUUUGCUCUCGCUCUAUCCAUCCGAGUCGUUUGACCCUACCACCUCUACGUUCAACUUUGAGAUGGCCGGUCAAUUCGCCUCGGUUGCCAAUACCGACUCGCCCGUCGCUGGUGUCUUUAGCAUCCUCCGCAAGCUCGCUCCCGGUUGGUUCGCUCCCGAGCAGAAGCAAGUCGAGCACAAGGCUGAUUACGACGUUGCUGCUGUCCCCGGUACUCUGAGCCCCAAGAAGCUCAAGACGGCAUUGCUCGUCCUUUCGACCCCAGACGUUCUCAGCGACUUGCCAAAGGGCUCCCCCAACCUGCUCAUCUUUAACAAUGCGACCAGCUACUAA